AUGUCAGAGAAGUUUUCUAAUCAAGAAGAUUCUCCAUUCCCAAAAGUUAUCAGAAUAUCAAUGACCGAUCCCUAUGCAACUGAUUCUUCAGAAGAUGAAGAUGACUACAUUUUUGAACGGUGGCAUGUAAAGAAGUAUACUAAUGAAAUUWACAUACAACCUUCAAGCAAACCUAGAAUGAUGCCUGUCAAUGCCAAUAUGACGAAAACCAGAAACAGGCCAUGUGCUGCAGAUUCGAAGGAGAGAACUAUCAAAAAGAAGAAAACUCCAGAGGAUAAUGUUAGAAAGUUCAGAGGAGUACGGAAAAGACGUUGGGGAAGAUGGGCAGCGGAGAUUAAGGAUCCGAUUACACGCCAACGGCUGUGGUUGGGAACAUAUGAUACGCCGGAGGAAGCUGCCAUGGUAUAUGAUAAUCCUGCCAUCAAACUCCAUGGUGCUGCUGCUAUUACAAAUUUUGUUUUGCCAACGGCUAUAGAAAAACCACCCCCAACGAAUACUACAUCAAUGUCCAACCAUGAUCCCAAACAAAUGUCACUGAAGCUUCCACUUGCAAAUGCACCACCUUCGGAUUAUCAAUCUUUUGAUUCAAUACAACUUGAUGAUGAAGUUGCAUUCUUUGAUGAUUUUGUAUAA